AUGAGGACUCUUGCUCUGCUCGCUGCGCUGGCCGGCGUCAACGCUGCCCCGGGUUCCGGCCCCGGCUCCGGCCCCGGCUCCGGCUCCGGCGCCGUCAUCCGCACAACGCACAACCCCACCCACGUGCCCGACGGCCCGCGGGCGCUCGCCAGGGCCUACCUCAAGUACGGGCAGCCGCUCCCGGAGCCGCUCGCGGCGGCGCUCGGCGCGCUGGACAAGCGGGACACCGGCGGGACCGGGACCGGGACCGUGGUCGCGACGCCCGUCAAGUACGACGUCGAGUACGUGGCCGAGGUGCUCAUCGGCACGCCGCCGCAGAGGGUCGUCAUGAACAUCGACACGGGCUCGAGCGACUUUUGGGUGUUUAGCUCCGAGACGCCGCCCGAGAUCCUCCACGGCCAGGCCAUCUACAGCCCGGAAAAGAGCCGCUCCGCCGAGCGACUGGUCGGGGCCAACUGGUCGGUGACGUACAGCGACCACACGACGUCGUGGGGCAACGUCUGGAUCGACACGGUCAGCGUCGGCGGGCUGCGCGUCGCGGGCCAGGCGGUGGAGACGGCGCUCAACGCCAGCGACGUCUUCACGUCGGACCCGGCGUCGGGGCUGCUCGGGCUGGGCUUCAGCGACCACAACUCGGUCAGGCCCAAGCCGCAGCUCACGUUCAUGGACACGGCCAGGCCGCACCUGCGCGAGCCGCUCUUCACGGCCAACCUCAACUACCACGCGAACGGCACGUACCGGUUCGGCAAGAUUGCCAAGUGCGAGCACAAGGGCCCCGUCACGUACACGCCCGUCGUCGACACCAGCCGCGGGUGGUGGGUGUUCAACUCGUCGGGGUACGCCGUGGGCGACGGGCCGUUCAACCACACGACGACGACGGCCGUCGCCGACACGGGCACCACGCUGCUGCUGGUGCCGGUGGCGCAGGUGCACGCCUACUACGGCCGCGUCCCGGGCGCCGAGUUCAGGUGGGGUCCGUUUGGAUACGUCUUUGACUGCAACCUGACGCUGCCCGACUGGACGUACGGCAUCGAAGGCGCCACGAUUACCAUCCCGGGCAGGUUCCUCAACUAUGCAAACUGGAACGGCACGCACUGCUACGGGGGGAUCCAGAACAGCUUCUCGACGUGGUCCAUCUUUGGCGACGUGGCCCUCAAGGCGGCGCUGGUGGUGUUUGACCUGGGCAACCAGCAGAUCGGGUGGGCGUCCAAGUAG